AUGACCAAACGAACAUUCAAAGAAAAAAAGGUCAACUCGUCGACUAUGCAACAGGGACUAAACGCGCUUAUGGAUGUAUUAUUUAAAUUAACGAAGCCACCGCACGGAACAAACCGAAGGAAUGAGACAAUGCAAGCCACAGUUGACGACACAGAAUCCCUGUCUAUGAAUCAGUAUAUGUCUCCGGACUAUCUUGAGCUAGCAACACAACCAAAAACGUUCCAUCCAGACUCUACUUUAACCUCUGUUGGUGAACCUUCACUACGCGUUUUUACGAUUCCUUUUGGCUAUCUUGACGCAUCUCUCUUUUCUGAAUAUGAGGACUUUGACGACGAGGACUUUCUUAUUGAGACAUCUUAUUCACUAGAUGAUUCUUACAAGUUUACCCCAUCUGAGGAAGAUGAAGACCUCUUCAACCAUUUAAUUUAUAAAACCACGGUCCAAGUCGACCACAGUUUGCUAGGACUUUAUUAUGAGUCAGAUAUACACAAGAUGGUCUCAGAUAGUAGAGAUAUUGCCAAUGAACUUGAGAAUGAGCAGAAGCUUAAGAGCUUCGACGAGACUGAUUCAUACAAACUAACUGAUAGUGGUAUACAACAUGUAAAAAAUGAGGGCAUGUUUCCGAAAAGUUGUAAAAAGAAGACCAAAAUACAAGCGGGCAGGCAUGAGAUGUCAGCUUCAAUAACAGGGUUGAAAAGUUCUAGAUCUAGAACAAGGGGUGGAGGUCUACAAGAGGACUCUAUAAGAAGACGCGCUAAGCGGAAGAGAAACUCAAAGACAGACAAUAUUGUGCAUAUGUAA